AUGUACAAAUUAACAGCAUUAUUGUUCGCCAUUCUCUUGGCAUUUAUCUGCGGAGUACUUGCUCAAGAAGAUACUAUUGUUGAAGAACCAGUUGCCCCAGUCUCUGAUAUCUCAUUCUCAUAUAUUUUCCCAGAUUAUCCAACCAAAGAGUUCCCAGCUGGUUCAGUCAUUGAAGUAUUGAUUGGAUUCACAAACAAUGGAGAAGUCGACUACAACGUCUCUGCCAUCUACGCCUCACUCAACCACGCACAAGAGACCAAGCACUACAUUCAAAACUACACCAAGGCUGAAUAUGGAGUCAACGUCAAGCCAGGUUUCCAAGCUACUCUCCCAUACCGUUUCGUCCCAUCUGAAUAUUUGGAACCAAGACAAUUUGCUCUUUUGGUCUCUGUCGACUACAGAGCCGAUCAACAAAACUUCACCUCUACCUUUUUCAACUCUACCAUCUUGAUUGUCGAAAAGCCAGUCUCAUUUGAUAUCGAACAUUUCUUCCUUAUUCUCUUUGGUCUCGGUCUCGUUGCCUUGAUUGGUUACAUUGUUUAUGGCAAGUUACCAAAGGCCCAAAAGGCUUCAACCCUUUCAAUCAUCAACAAGAUCAAGACCUCUGCUGGUGUCAAGGAAACCUCCCAAAAGAAGGUUGUCAAGUCAUCCGCCGGUGAAGACAAUUGGUUGAUCGAUGCUGCUGACAAGAAGCCAAAGAAGGUUGUCAAGAAGAGCAACAAUAUACAACAAACUCAAAAAGCCAACAAGGUAAUAACUAAAAGUCAAAUUACAAGUGGAACGGCUGGUAUCAUAAGAUUUUUCGCAAAAUUAAAUUGCAAGCAGAAAAGAAGUAAGAAUCGUCUACACAUCAAACACGUCAAUUUAUCAGGUCAAGUGGUUUUUUUUGUUCGUGCAGUCAUCGUGACCGAUAACAGUCGUCUUCCAUAG